CAGACACACACACACACACAUGAUGGUGUUGAGCUUCGGGCUGGUGUUCAGCACUGCAGAUUACUGGUGGUGGAUCCCAGUUGCCGGGCCGCUGGUGGGGGGUGUCGUCGGAGCGGUGAUCUACUUCCUGUUGAUCGAGCUUCAUCACUCCAAUCACAACGACACACCACAGGAGGAGCCUGAGGAGGAGGAGGAUGAGGAUGAAGAAGAGGACAGCAGCCUGAAGGACAAAUACGAGAUGAUCAACAUGAGCUAGAAAGCGCAGUUCAGGAUGCAGCAGUAGAAUAAACCACUCGUCCUCCUACUGAAGUAGUUUACUAGACACUUCACAGCUCAGAUGUGCUGUUUUACACUGAAGGACUCAUGUAAGCACUUGAACACAGCUCAGUCUUCUGUCACGCUGGCCCACAAUCCUCCACUGCACCGCAGGACUGAUGUUACUGUGCUGCUGAUGGGACUUGACGGUAUACUGAACCCGCAGCAGGCAUUUACUCUCCUUUAACCAUAAAAACUGCCCGACUCUCAAAAAUCAGCAACAAAUGUGUUUCUGGACACACAGGCGGUGUGUAUUGGACCGUUAGGGUCAGCGUAGGGUUAAUGGCACUGGGCCAGAGCAGCGUUUCUCUAAAAAACAUCCGCAACUGUUUCCCAUUAGACCACUAUUGACCUUCAUGCUUCAUUUCAGUUGUACUUCACCAUGUUGUCAUGUAGAUACUGUUGUGCUGAUCGUGUUUAUGCUCGUGUGUGUGUGUGUGUGUGUGUGUGUAGAUCCUGCUUGUUUUAUUAACUGUUUGACUCUGAGAUUGCCCAGUAGAUCAACAUCUUUUAUAAUGACUGACUGUACAUUUGUGUGUGUUUUGGCUGAAAUAAACCAGUUUUACAGCAGA